CGUCGGGCCAGCCUCACCGGUUCACUGCCAGCGCUCGGUUCUUCUUCUACGGUUCUCCAAACUGCAUGUUAUGUUUCAUUAAAAAAAUUAAAAAAAUCGUCAUGAAGGUUUGACUGUUAACAAAGGUAUCGGUUCUAACAGUGGCUGCCAUUAUAAGCAAAACGGGAGAUGAAGGUGAAAGUCAAGCAGUGGAACGGCGUGGCGUCCUGGUUGUGGGUGGCCAACGACGAGAACUGUGGGAUCUGCAGGAUGUCAUUCAAUGGAUGCUGUCCAGACUGUAAGGUUCCUGGGGACGAUUGUCCACUGGUCUGGGGCCAGUGCUCCCACUGUUUCCAUAUGCAUUGCAUCCUCAAAUGGCUCAACUCUCAGCAGGUCCAACAACAGUGUCCAAUGUGCCGGCAAGAAUGGAAGUUUAAGGAAUGACUGUGCCCAAGCAUCACUGUGGCAGUGCCUUGCCGAGAACAGGAUGCCUUCAGCUGAAGUGUGACACUUUUGCAAGUGAAUUGUAUAAAGAAAUGUGUAUGUUUUUAUAUCCCUGUGGUUUGCAUUGGUCAUGCCUUUGCAUCAUGCUGGCCAAUUGAAUUGGUUAUUAAAUACUUUAUUUUCUAUGAAA